AGGUGCCAUACCUCAGCGUGUUUUGGGGUAUUGUAGCGAAUGAUGCCGUUGUAUAGCAGGAGGAUUGAAGGGGCUUCAAGUGAUUUAUGUAUUAUUUCAAGGGUGCUGGGGAAUAAAGUGGGUAACGUUAUUAUGACACGAAGGCGAAUGGGGUGACACGACAAGCAGUUACACUUGCGCGAAUGGUUACGCUCAAGGUGGUAGCACGGCGCCGCGCCAAACAAGAGCAGCUGCGACCUGCCCUAGAUCAGCGGCAAGCAGAACCAGCGAGCCCUUUGGGGCAAAUGCACGCCCAAGCUCUAGCCAUGCAUGAUCAAAAGCACCAGCCCUUGCACAACCUUCAACGAAGCGAUGACGAUGACGAGUGCAUCACGUCCUCUGGGCAUGUGCUGUUGGAAAUGCAGACGGAUGAAUCCAUUAUCGCUAUGAACCAGCGACUUAUCCGAGAGCGCAAUGCUCUGAUGCAGGAAAAGGAAGUGUGGCAAUCGCAGCUUCAAAACCAACAUAUAAAUCUCCAGGAAGUGUUGCAUGCCACACGUUUGUUAAAGCUCAAGAUCCAACACUACCAAGCCCCUGUAGUCGACACCCUCGUGCCAUCGCCCACAUCGAGUUAAUUCAACGUUAUAUAUAAAUAACAUUCUGAAUGGCGCUAAAAAUAGCCUACACC